AUGGAUCGAGCAUCACGAAGACGCCCGGCGUUGCUUCUCGUCCUUGCUGCUGUCGUCAGCGUGCUCUGUCUCGUGCAAGUCGCGUCAGCUUAUACCGGGUACCAGCAGAUGAUAGCGAAGCUCAAGACGAAGGGUUACAGCACGGCUCUCGCCGCGUGGCAGACGUCUGGCCUCAACAACACACUCAAGCAGUACCUGCCAACGUCGAAGAUGACGGUGCUGGUGCCGCGCAACAGUGCGUUCAGCAAGCUCACGGGCAGCUUCCAGUACUCCAAGCUAAAGAAGAAUCCAAAAGCGCUGCUGCAGGUCAUGGCCUUCCACGUGUUCAAGCAGCGCUUCUCCAACACUACCCUCCAGGCGGUUAAAGUGGGCACGCAGUUCGCCACUCUGGAUUACAAGUAUGUGAUGAAGAAGGCAGGCACCAAGCCAGCAAGGUUCACCAAGCUUGGAGCUACUGGGGGACUCAAAAUUAUCGCUGGAGACCUGUAUGUGGAUCCGCAGGUGAUUGUGCAUGGGGUGGAUACUGUCAUCAUCCCACCCAAGAUUGUCAAGUGA